CGCCAUAUUGGCAGUUUAGUGCUGCUUUGCUAGGGGUUAGCGACGUGUGUUUGGUUCUCUCCUAAGUUUUGUAAUUAAUAUUAAUCAUAAUUAUUUAUAUUAAGUUUAUUGUGAUACGUUGUAAAGUUUAUUUUAUGAAGUUCGAGUGUCAACAGUUUUAAAUAUCGCGGGUAUUUACGACGAUUGUCGAUUGUCACAGAGUUCUAUUGGCGGUGCAGAUGUUCUGUUUCUUUCAAGUGAAAUCCCAUGUGCUAUGGCGGGAAUUUUAGAAAAUUAAACAAUCCAAGGUUCAAUUGAAACUGGCUAUGGCAGCUGUUGCUGAAAUGGGCGAGGUUGAGGAUAUGCUUUCCAAAGAUGAAGGUAACAUUGUUACAAACGGUGAUUUAUCAAGUGAUGUAGAUAUGGAAAACCAAGACAUUGAAGACAACGUUAAAAAACCUACAGAGAAUAGUUUAGAUACCAAAGAGAAACCAGAAAGCGGAACGGAAGAAAGUAAUGAUGCGUCUGAAGAAGGUAACAAUGCGUCUGAAGAAGGUAACGGUGCGUCUGAAGAAGGUAUUAUCGAGAAUCACUCAGAAUCGGAAAACCCCUUAGCAGAAGAAGAGACUCCACAAGAAGAUAAACCAUCAGAAAAGGAAACUCCAAUGGAAGAAGAUGAAGAAGAGGAAGAAGAAGACUCCUCUCCAGAUGUAAAAAACUCAGAAGAACAAGAAACUAAUGAGAGCCAAUUAGAAGCAGCAAUAGAUGAGAGUAGCCAAGAAACAAAAGCCAGUGAGGAUCAAACGGAAGACGACGAUACCGAGUCAAAGACCAUUGAUGACGAAAAUAGCAAACAAAGCGCAACAAGUUCGGAAUUGUCAACGAAAAAGUUCGAAGAAGAGAAAGUCGUCGAGAUUCAUGAAAUUGAUUCAGACGAAGAUGAUGAGGUCAGUAUAUCUAAAAUCAACAACGGUGAUCCAAUUGAACUGAAUGAUUCUGGGGGAGAGGAUGGGGACGAAGGAGAUGUAAUGAUUGUAGAUACUGAAACUUCAAAAGCAAAUGGUACAGCCACAGAAAUCAUAGAUUUAGCGACGCCGGAAAAGAAGAAGAAGCCUGUAGAAGUUGUAGAAGAGCUCCCCAGGCGGAGUUCAAGGAACCUUAACAAAACCAAAAGCUAUGCGGAAACCGACAAAGAAGAUGAAAAAGAGUCCAGCAAACCCGUGCGAGCAGAAGUGGAAACUCCUCGAGCAAAGGCAGUCCAACCGAAGGGCGACUCCGAAGAAUCUGACAUUGAAGAGAUCCUACCACAAGACCCGCUGGCGUGUAACGAUGCAAUUACCGUGGAGAGGAUACCGUCAGAGAAAUCCAAAGUUACGCCGAAGAAAGCACCGCCGAUAGUUGUAAACGAUACCAAAAGACUAGUAGAAAUAGCCUCUAAAUCUAACACUAGUAGUAGUAGUAGUAGUAGCACUAGCGUUCCUCAGGGUAAAAAAGAACCUACGUUAGUUAUUAUAGAUACUAAUUCUAUUUUAUCAGGUCGCGGACCUGUUCCUGUAAAUAAUAAGCAGCCCCAGAACUCCAUCCCAACCACCGCCAGUUAUCAGACUGUACUCCCCAUGGCCCUUCCUGCGCAAGGGAUGUACCCACCCAAUAUGAGAGCGACGAUUACGCCCAUCCCUGUGAACUCGUCUGCACUGUCGGCUCAGCACCAACAGAAAUUAUCCCCCGCCACGAUUACACCUGCUCUGACGACUCCCCUGCUACCAACUUUGACCGAUGAUAUGUUUGUAGUCGAAGCGCCCUCUUUUAUCGUCCCUUAUGUUUACGAAAAACCCCCUGUGAAAGACUUCAAGGAUUUCGUUAAGGAGAUCCAAACACAGAUUAAAAAGAAGGAGGAAAAGGACGAGGCAGAAUCUAAAAAGGGCGAAGAUGGAGCUGAGGACGAGAAAAUGGAUGUUGAUGAAAGUGAAAAACCUAAUAAAGCUGAGGAUAAGUCUGAUCCAAAUUUUGUUCCUGAUUCUAAAAAGGAGUUGGAGGAUGCCAAGAAGCCUUAUUCAUACUUCGAUAGCCCUCUUGGUAAAUUCUUCAUAAAUAUAGGAUUUAAUUUAGUUCAAGAAUUUGUACAAACUGAUCUGUUGAAACAGCAGAAACGAAAACAUAGUAGAGAAGGUGGUUCAAAUCCAGAAACAGAAAAGACAAUAAAGUCCUUGGUCAAGAACCUGCAGUACAGUAAAGAAAAUAACGAACAUUUCAAGACUGUAUUGAAAAAAUGUGAAUUUUGUAACUUCAAGACAGAAUCGGCGCUGGCUAUGUCGUAUCACUUGGAAACUCCUCAUAUGAAGAACUUUGUUUAUAAGUGUAAUUUCUGUGCAUACGAAGUCAGAAGCCCACAUGAUAUUCUGUUUCACAUGGAAGCCGAACAUGCAGUACGGGGUCAUUUGGAGAGAGCUCCUGCGUUCCAUCAAUGUCCCAAUUGUCCGUUUGAGGACAACCAAAAAGGUAAACUGUCGCGGCAUCUGGUGACCUGUAUGAGAAAAUUCAAACCUGAAAGGAACUUAGAUCCGCCAGUAGACUGGGAACCCCCAGCGAAGAUACCAAGAGUGCCUAAAAUGAGACAGCAAGGUUUGAACGCUACAGCUGCAGCUUAUCAAGCCUUGUCUAAGAAUACCCAGUACCAGUUCCUGUCGAAGAUGCAGUUACAGAGUACUCAGAGCGCAAUCAACAGGGGUAGAGGACGGCCCACGUUAGGUCCAAAUAUCAAUAUCAAAUCUCAGGGAGCAAUGAUACGACCACCAGGUAUGCUCUUUAAGCAACAAACAAUGUCUGGAGGGUCAGUUUUGGUACCUACAAACUAUCAACUUAGCGGAAAUCAAGUGUUCCAGGUGGUGGGAGGACAAGAGAUAAGCGGUCGGCUCGGUAAUCCUGGCCACGUCUUUCUCCCCAACAUGCCUUCCGCCUCUAGCACAUCAUUGGCACUUCAGAAUCCAGCUGCUCAAGCCAGCGCGCAGAAGAAACCAGCUCAACAGCCGAGCAUAUCUAUAACACCUCUACCUCGAACUACCCCAUCUGCUGCCGCAGCCGCAUCUGGAUCUUCGGGCGGCGCCAAACCAGGGGAUACGUCCUCCAAGAACUCGUUCGUCAUCUGCGAGAUCUGCGAUGGGUACAUCAAGGACCUCGAACAGCUUAGAAAUCACAUGCAAUGGAUACACAAGAUUAAGAUUCAUCCCAAGAUGAUAUAUAACAGGCCGCCAUUAAAUUGUCAAAAGUGUCAAUUUAGGUUCUUCACAGAUCAAGGGUUGGAAAGGCAUUUAUUAGGCUCUCAUGGAUUAGUCACCUCCAGCAUGCAGGAUGCUGCCAACAAGAGCAAAGAUUCAGGAAGGUGUCCUGUUUGUGGAAGAGUCUACCAAUGGAAAUUACUAAACCACGUGGCCCGGGAUCAUAAUAUGACGUUGAAACCCGCGCACCUGUCCUACAAAUGCACAGUGUGCACGGCCACCUUCGGCAUGUACAAACAAUUCGAGAACCACGUAUAUUCCGCCCACAGCGUCGUCGCCAAGCGAGUCAUGGACAAGAAAGGCGGCUCCACGACCUCUUCGACAACUUCCAACAGCUCUCCCAAGCCGUCGGCUGCAGAUCAGUUGAAACCUCUGAAGAUCAAUGAUGAGAUCACGAUCAUCCCGCAGCCCGCUAAGUCCACGGCAAACGGAAAAGAAGAAAAGAGUUCGCCUAGUACUAGCAAAAAUCCCGAAGCGUCAUCUAGCGGCAGUUCUCGUGCUGAACGUUUAGCUCGAAGAAAUGCUACUGAGGAAGAUUGAAAGGAACUGCCUAUAAAGAAAAAUCUAGCGUGGAUUAUUUUAUAAAAAGUUCUACGUUGCUAGUUAAUUGUAUUCUCUUCAGAAUUUUAUCCAUAUUUUAGAUAUAUUUUGAGAUAGAGAGCUGACAACUGGCUAUCGCAAUUCCAAAUUUGUCUAUUAAUUGUAUACGAGUAUUGAUCGUAGAUUUUGGAAAAGGAUUUACAUAUUUUGCUCUAUAAAAUAUUUAAAAUUGCGAUGUUGUCAGUUCUUUUUCAUAAACGGACCAAUACCGAAUCGGUAGUGUCUUGUAAGACAAAAGUGUGUAGAAGUUUGGAAUAAAUGUCAUAGUUUUUUCAAAAGCAGUUCAAUCGAAACACCUGUAUUGUCAGAGUAUUCUUAUUUGUACAAAGUACUACCACUACUUCAAAAGUACAGAGUACUUUUACGAAUUAUUAGCAAUUUUAAAAUUUUUGUUAUCAAAUGUUAGAUUUUAGUUAAUAACACAUGCGUUUGUCAAUUAAAAUUGUUACAUUGAUUAGUAUAAUUAUACUAUCAUCAAUGUAAAGUUCUUUCGUCCAACUGUUAUUAGAUUACAUUUCUUUCGUUUUUUUGUUUAUAUCCUUCAGUUUCUUUCUUGACUGGAUUUACAACUCGGGGUGAGUCUUUUCUCUUGCGCUUCCAUUUCUUAUUGUUUUACCCCAAUCCUAGAUAAAUCGACAGUAUUAUCCAUCCACUCUCCUGUCCAUUCAUCACUUCGAGGACCAAAUGUAUUCUCCACUUUGGAUCUU